CCCGACACUCUCAGUCUCCUCAGAACUUCAUAGCCAUGCGCGCGACAAGCUUUGUUAUCCUCGCUUCAUGUGUCUCCCGAGCUCUCGCAGCCACUUACACCCUCAGCGACAGCUACGUUGGCGCCGCCUUCCUCACAGCGUGGCGGCACCAAGUCAUCUCCGACCCCACUCACGGCAGAGUGAACUACGUUGAUGAAGCAACUGCCCUCGCCAAGAACUUGACGUUCGCAUCGGACGACACCCUCAUCCUGAGAGCGGAUGACACCACCGUGCUCGAUCCAAACGGUCUAGGUCGAGAUAGCGUGCGUAUUCAAAGCGUGAAGAAUUACACAACACAUGUUGCCAUCCUUGAUGUCCGCCACAUGCCACAGGGCUGUUCGACGUGGCCCGCUUUUCGGGAGACUGAUGCAAGUAGCUGGCCUAAUGGUGGCAAAAUCGAUAUCGUGAGUUUCCUGAUCGAGGGCGUUAACGAUGUGACUCCAAACACGAUGACUCUGCACACGGACAUGAACUGCUCCAUGCCCGCCAGCCGCGCCGAGACCGGCAAGGCGACGGGCCUCAACUGCGAUGACAAAACCGACGGCAGCUCUGGUUGCGGUGUACAGUCCCCGACAACGACCAGCUACGGUCCACCCUUGAACGCCAUUGGCGGCGGGAGGUACGCCAUGGAGCGCACGAACGACUUCGUCAAGGUGUGGUUCUUCCCACGCAACGAAGUCACGCCCUCCGACGUCUCAAGCGGCGCAAUACUCAUUGACACCGACAACUGGGGCACGCCGACUGCGUUCUUCCCCAACACCGAAUGCGACAUCGGCUCGCAAUUCGACGCCAAUAAUAUCGUCAUCGGCCUGACUUUCUGUGGCGAUUGGGCGGGCAGCCCCUCGGUCUACUCAAAUGCGGGCUGUCCGGGGGACUGUGUUGACCUCGUUAACAACAAUCCUGCCGCAUUCGUGGACGCGUACUGGGAAAUCGCAGCUGUACGUGUGUAUGAGAACGGUGAUAGCUGCUAGUGAAACCGGAGCGAGCUCUUUGAAGCCUUGUCUCAGCGCUGAAUAACACUAACCUGGAAUAGUAUCUGCAUCAGCAGUGGGCGUGCCUUUGGUCGCGAUCAACUAUCGUUAGUCCCGGCCUCCGCCAGUGAGGUAAUUGCACUUGCCGUUGCAAGACGAUGGUACAUCUACUCAACGAGCAGUGGAAACGCUGCAGCAGGCGACGUCCGAGUCCGCGUGAACGUACCCAAAGACGUCGCAAACUUGAAGGCUGCAACGUAGUGAAAAGACAAGCGAAGAUUGCGGAGUGGCAGAAGAGGAAGAUUUGAGGAGCAAGCAGGGUGACUUAGCAUGGGAGCACAAGGGCAAUCCGGCAAGAUGCAACUAUCAGUAAUCGACUGAUCAGCAAGGUUUGCGUCUUCGAUAAAGCGCUCACUGUGCUUGUUGGCAUCGCUCGCGUCACGAUCUUCAUAUAAUAAGUCUACAUAUUGAGUAUGAGUAUCCAGAUACUCAA